UAAAAACCAAAUUUGGAUUUUGAAGAAAAAUGGUGACGCCCGAUUGGAAAAAAUAAAGGGUGGAAGACAAAAAAGGAAGAAAAUGAUAAUGAUUUUGUUGAACGAUGUCGGUUUUCCGGCCUACAUAACUCUCAUCAUCCUCUUAAGCGGAAUAUUUUUCGCCAUAUUUUGGCUCAUCAUCAUAAUACUAUUUUGCCGGCUCAAAGCAAAACGCCUGGGAAAACUUAAACGACAACCUGCUUUCUUUACACCUACCCGGGAAAACGAUGAUGGUCAGUUUUAUGGGGAGGAAGGAUCGGGAAAUAAUGCCAAAAAUAAGAAGAAAAAUAGUUUAUAUAUCCCUAAUAAAAGUUUGAACUCCAAUCUAAAUGGCGCUAAAGUACCGAGAAAAUUUGAUAAUAUGGAGUACAGUAGUAUAGAUAUGGAGACUUCUGGUGUUCAGAACGCCAUGGAAAUGGCAAACGUUCGGAUGCAAGAAAGGCAGGAAUUGUUAGAAGAACAGGCUAGGAAGCUUAAAGGAGGUCCACUUUUGCUGACCGUGCCUCAAACGCGUUUCCAUAUGGUAUCGCCUACCAAUUCCAUCACGCCCUUACUCGAAACGAACACUAAUAACGAACCCGAUGAAAAAGCGUUUCUCGAGCGAAACCCGCCAAACAGCGAAAAUAAUAUGGGGAAAAAAAUUAGCAAUUUUUUGCAAUUCAAUAGGGGGCAGACGGAUCGGAGACAUUCCGAAGUUUCGAAUUACUAUGGAGCGAACGCGAAGGCGGACAAAAAGAGGAACAAAAGCGUUAACGAUAUCGAUGGCGUUAAUAACGAGCACAUCACGGCGCUCAUAAAUAUCGUGCCGACUUCGCCCACCAUUACUCCCCUAACUUUCGUGCUCCCGAAAAAUUCUCACCACAAGCAAUUUCCCAAUCUCUCCGGUUUACCCGAUAUUCCUGAAGAUGAAUCGAAUCUCUCUUCCGCGUCUACGGAAACAAGCUCAAACUUAAUGCAAAAAAAGAGUCAAAAAUUGGCUAAAGAUAGGAAUAGGGCUUCUCACAAACUCGUCACUUUAAUAGACUUAAAUGCGAAAAAACCCCCGAGCGAUAAAGAUAAAGGGCAACCUAUUCCAGUUCCCAGGGAAGACGAAAGUUUGUCCAACGCUAUUGAACCCAUCAAGGACCCUACAAAAUUAGCCAACUUGUCAUUGGUGCCAUCUAAUCAAGAUCGAAUAAUUAUGGUUAAAGACAUAACAAGUGGCGAUGUUCUUACUGAAGCGAAUAAAACUCAAUCCACAAUCUCAUUAACCAUUCCAUCUUGCCACAGUGAUACUGCUACUACCAUUAAUUCGUCGUCUUCCAAAACCUAUUUCACGCAUUCGAAUAAUGAAAGGUUAAUAACACCGGAUAUCACUGCCGUUAUAUAAAUUUUUUAGCCCGAGAGUUCCGUUACUAUUAUUAUCACAAAUACCAAAGGACGCUAUCUAUUUAUCAACCUUUUUUUUGUACAAAUCGUUUAUCUCCGCA